GAAGAGCUCCAUAUUUGUAGUCCAUGUCCUUUGAUGUUUAGACAGGGGUGCUAGCUAUCAGUUCACGGAUUUCCAUGGUCGUGAUUUGAGGGAUCGGUUCAAUGCAACCAGGCUUCUGAAUUCUAUUAAAAUCUGACAGAAACGAUUUGAAGAAGAUGCAGGAUGACGCGCGCUACCUCAAACGGAAAGUGACUGCGGGCAGUUUAGAUGUCCAUCCCACAGAGAAGGCCCUUGUGGUCCACUAUGAGGUGGAGGCCUCCAUACUGGGAGAGGGCGGAGGUCAUAUGCUGGGCGAACGCAAGGAGGGACAAAAGAUUAUCCGUGUGAAAAGUCUCUCUCCCAGUACAGAUGUGGGCGCUUUGGCCAAGAAAGUUGUGGAGGAGUGUAAGCUCAUCCCCUCUUCCCGUUUACCUCAGGUGGAGCAGCUCCUUUACUACCUGCAGAACAGGAAGUCGUCACCAGUGGAGGGCAAAAUGGAGAAGAAAGAGAAAAGAACAGUGAAACCCAGAGAGCUGACCCCGUUUGAUGGAAUGGAGUUAAAUGAGGAAGCCAGCAUCACCAAAGUGGAUGAGUAUGUUGAGCUGCUCUAUGAAGGGAUCCCAGAGAAGAUCAGAGGCUCUGCUCUGAUUCUGCAGCUCGCACGCAACCCUGAUAACCUGGAGGAGCUGUUACACAACGAGGCAGCUCUUGGUGCUCUUGCCAGAGUAUUGAGGGAGGACUGGAAACAGAGUGUAGAGCUGGCUACCAUCAUCAUUUACAUCUUCUUCUGCUUCUCUAGUUUCUCCCAGUUUCACGGAGUGGUGAGUCAUUAUAAAAUAGGUGCGCUGUGUAUGAGCGUGGUGGAACAUGAACUGAAGAGACACGAUGUGUGGCGUGAGGAGCUACGCAAGAAAACCAAGGCUUGUGAGUCUGCGCCAGAGAACGGAUCACUAAGAAGAGACCAGGAUAAAGCUUUGAGAAAAUACCAAGGCCUUUUAGCUAAACAGGAGCAGCUGCUCAGAGUCUCUCUAUACCUCCUGUUGAACCUUGCUGAGGACACAAGAACGGAGCUGAAGAUGAGGAAUAAAAACAUUGUUGGUCUGCUGGUCAAAGUUCUUGAACGCGAUGACGAGGAGCUGCUGGUCCUGGUGGUUUCAUUCCUCAAAAAACUUUCCAUCUUCCUGGAGAACAAGAAUGACAUGGCUGAGGUGGAUACUGUUGAACAGUUGGCUCGCCUGGUUCCCUGUGACCAUGAAGACCUGUUGAAUCUGACACUACGUCUGCUGCUCAAUCUCUCCUUUGACUCUGGACUUAGAGCCAAGAUGGUGGAAGUUGGACUGUUGCCUAAACUGACUGCUCUGUUGGGCGAUGAGAACAACCGUCAGGUAGCCAUGCGGAUCCUGUAUCACAUCAGCAUCGACGACCGUUUCAAGGGCAUGUUUGUGUACACUGACUGCAUACCUCAGCUCAUGCAAAUGCUGUAUGAGCACAGUGAGGAGGAUAUCGAAGCUGAGAUCAUCUCCAUCUGUAUCAACCUGGCUGCAAACAAGAGGAACGCACAACUCAUGUGUGAAGGGAAUGGGUUAAAGAUGCUUAUGAAGAGAGCUCUGAAGAUGAAAGACUGCCUUUUGAUGAAGAUGAUCAGAAACAUCUCACAGCAUGACGGACCAACCAAACCGCUGUUCAUAGACUAUGUUGGCGACCUGGCAGCUGAGAUCCGUGCAGAGGAAGAAGAGGUGUGGGUUCUGGAGUGUCUGGGGACACUGGCCAACCUUACCAUCCCUGAUCUGGACUGGGAGUUGGUGCUGAAGGAGUACAACCUGGUACCCUACCUCAAAGACAGACUGAAACCAGGCUCAGCAGAGGACGACCUCAUCCUGGAGGUGGUGAUAAUGAUCGGAACAGUUUCCAUGGAUGACGCCUGUGCUGCCAUGUUGGCCAAAUCUGGCAUUAUUCCUGCCCUUAUCGAGCUACUGAACGCCCAACAGGAAGACGAUGAGUUUGUGUGUCAGAUUGUCUACGUCUUCUAUCAGAUGGUGUUUCACCAAGCUACACGAGAUGUCAUCAUCAAAGACACCCAGGCUCCAGCCUACCUGAUAGAUCUGAUGCAUGACAAGAACGCUGAGAUCAGAAAAGUGUGUGACAACACUCUCGAUAUCAUUGCCGAGUACGAUGAUGAGUGGGGGAGGAAGAUUCAGUCAGAGAAGUUCCGUUUCCAUAACAAUCAGUGGUUGGACAUGGUCGAGAGUCGCCAAGCCGAUGAGGCUGAGCCGUAUCUCUAUGAUAAUGACAACGACAGGACUGAUCUAUUCUAUAGUGCAGAUGGAAUCACCCCAGCAGACGGCUCAGUCAGCCCAGAUUUCUUCAGCGACCUACAGCCUCAAAAUGGAGACUUGCACCACACAGGAGAUGGCAGUGACGUCUUUGACCAGACCAGCUCAUCACCUGGACGACCGGCUACUGCCUAUGGCUUCAGACCUGAUGAACAACCCUUCUAUCAGUACUCAUAGACACACACAUCGUUUAUAAAGUGUCAUCUUCGCUCCAUUCCCCGUCUCCAUCAUGCACGUCCACUUCUGAAUCUUCACUGCUGGAAUCCAUCGUGAUUAAAGGCAUCACAUUGAUAUUGUUGGUAAAAUAAUGACCACUAAUGCUGGAAUACAAAAUACUGAUAAGGAUUGACACACUACCACUGCAGACUUUUAACUAGUCAUUAAGCAAAGUGCACUUCCAUUCAGUCACCAUGAUGAUAAAUAGAUGAGUGGUUAAGUCUUCCUCGCCUGCUGGUUACAGUCUUCUUACUGAUGAGGUCCCAGUGGGUCAGCAAGUAAUUUAAAGCAUGUGAACAGACUGAUGUUGCUACAUUUUGCAUGUCUUUCCAAUAUUUUUUGCCUCUUUAAAUUCAUCUCUUCAAAUUAGUCAAAUGUGUCCCUAACAUCCCAGUGUUGAAUGGUUUGAGAUCCACCAGUUUGCCAAGAUCGGUGCACUACUUUCAUGUACGUAGUUUCUUCUGUUUAUGUCACUGUAAAAUAGGAACAUUGUUGGUGGUGUGGCUCGUAACUUGGGGUACUUUCACACUGGCAGGUUAGUUGAAAUGCCCAAGCCCCAUUGAUGUAUGGGCAUAAAGUAAAAUUCAAGACCAAUGAUGGAGGGUGCCGGAAAACCGCUGCUUAUUUUUCACUGUCUUUGCAGUCCUCAAAUCCAAAUCCAGUGUGAAAGCGGCCGAAGGACCGUUUUCUCUAAGUUGAGGCUUGAAACGCUGCAGUCUUGUGUAGCAUAUGAGUCUGGUCAUUCUGUGUGGCCACCACUGUAGAUGUUUUCCUGAUGUUGAACCAUAGCAGUAUUAUGUUUAAUUCAGUGACAAGAGAGGUAGAAAGUCUGUCAGUUCAGAACAAGUUAGCCCUCCUUGUCCAACUGGAUAGACAGCAUGUUACUGACCUGCCACUAUACACCCCUGAUACUCUUCCUGUCCUUAAACAACACUGAGUGCAGCAUCCUUUUAAAAUGAGGCAUUCACACUAACCAUGUCAACUCUACCUGCAGGAAAUCACUGCCGACACAUGUAGCAGCUAGCAGCAGCUGCUGAUCGAACUAUUGUGUGUUCAGCCACAAGCGCAUUACUUGAAGCCUGGCGUUAUGGAUUCGCAUGAUCAUACAAAUCCAGCAGACUUGCAAGGAAAGUCCUAUUGGUGGAUUCACAAGUUUGACCCCUGAAAACACAAGAAUGCCCUUUUUUCUGUGUAACGAGCUGAUCUGGACUGCUUGCUGGAAACAUGGCUCAACACUGUUUGAUAACCGUCCACAUUUGGAAAUCUAAGCGACUGGGUGAGAACUUUUCUUUUGUGCAUGUCAGUCGGAAAGAGAGGGCAGUGACAUUAUUCUGCAAAACCUCAGUUGUGCAUGGCACAUCCGGAGACCUGCACCAUGAGGGCUCAAUGUGUCUGUUGGGUCAGGAAGUCUUCAGUCACACCAGUUUCCUGCAGUAGCCACUGUUUUUAAUGUAUCAUUGUUUACCGUAUAUUCUUAGAGAGUGGAGGGUUAAUGCAAGAACAUUAGUGCACUAACUUACAACUGCUAGAGGUUAAAAAAGCGCCACAGACUAUGACUAGAUUGUUUAAUGGAACACAUUGAUGUUUCCUUUAGCAUGGCACUUACUGCUACACCACAGAGGAGCUCCAUGCCUGCAUGUUUCCGUGUGAAUCAGAGCAGGAUAGUUAAUUUUCUUAAAACAAUAAUAUUCUGUGCAAUUGACUAGACUACAUAUGAAAAGGAGGGUCACAUACUGUAACUUGCUGGACACUGACAAUUAACUACAUACUGUAUUAUUUCUAGGCAUAUUUGCACAUUUAGUUAGUAUUUGCAUGGCUAUGUUUUUUUUAUUGUAAUUUAUUGUUACUCUGUGUAUAUGUUUCUGUUUUUUUAGCUCAUUUUACUGCUACCUAAUAACACACUGUAAACCGAAGCAAGUACUGGACUGUAGAUAUGCUCCAUCUCUCUCGUUGCUCAUCCUCAGGUUCUUCAAUAAAAACAAAAUAAAGAUUUCACGUUUCAUACAA